CUUUACAUUCUCGGUCGAAAUAUCGGCGAGCCGUCUAGGGUUCAGAGCGCCUAAAACCCUAAAAUCCCGAGCUCGAAGAAGUAGAAACCCUAGUCGAUGAGAGAGCAUCAGAAGAGCAACUCCAUGGAGGAGAAGAACAAGACCAAGUCAAAGAUCUCCAACGCCACUCAAGCCGAAAUUUUCGCUUCGUGCUCCUUCAACGACCUCGGACUUCACCCGAAUCUUUGCCAACAUCUUCAAGAAAAAAUGGGAUUUCAAGUUCCAACUCAGAUCCAGGCUCAGGCAAUUCCAGUUGUAAUCGAGGGGAAAGAUGUACUUGUUAAUGCCGCUACUGGGACCGGAAAGACUAUUGUGUAUCUCGCACCAAUUGUGCAUUUACUUCAGGCUUAUGAUCAGCGGAUUCAACGAUCCGAUGGGACUUUUGCGUUGGUUCUUGUGCCGACGCGAGAAUUGUGCAUGCAGGUUUAUGAGAUUCUGCAGAAGUUACUACACCGUUUUCAUUGGAUAGUUCCUGGUUAUAUCAUGGGUGGAGAAAACAGAGGAAAGGAAAAGGCUAGGCUGCGAAAAGGAAUAUCUAUCCUUGUUGCAACCCCUGGGAGGUUGUUGGAUCACUUAAAGAAUACUUCUUCUUUUGUAUAUACUAAUUUACGGUGGAUGGUCUUUGAUGAAGCUGACAGGAUCCUUGAGCUUGGUUUUGGGAAAGAAUUAGAGGAAAUACUGGAGUUUUUGGGUUCCAAGAAAACUGACUCUACUAACAAAGAGGAUAUAGGAAAGAAACCCGGCAAUAUUUCAAGGCAAAAUUUACUUCUGUCAGCAACUUUGAAUGAAAAGGUGAAUCACCUAGCUAAUAUCAGUUUAAUCAAACCUGUUAUGAUUGGUUUAGAUGAAAAGAAGGUCUCGUCCGACCUACCAAUCCCAUCAAUUAGAAAAUUCUCAACUACAGAAUCUGACGGGGAUGAAGAAUCAGAAAGUAUUCAAGUAUUAGCAAGCCAUUCAACUGAUAAUUAUAACCUUCCAACACGGUUAAUCCAAAAAUAUGCUAAAGUUCCCUGUGGUUCUCGGCUAGUUGUGCUUUUCUCUAUUCUUAAGACUUUAUUUGAAAAGGAAGUUUCUCAGAAGAUUGUGGUUUUUCUUUCGACGUGUGAUGCAGUGGAUUUCCAUUAUUUUCUUUUAAGUGAAUUCCGAUGGUCUCCCAAUCCUCAAACUGAUAUAAAUCAGAAGCAAACAUUCAUCAAAUGUAAGACAUUUCGAUUACAUGGGAACAUGGACCAUGAUGAUCGGAGGGCAACAUUUCAGGGAUUUAAAAGUGAAAAAUCGGCACUUCUCUUAUGCACAGAUGUUGCUGCAAGAGGUUUGGAUAUCCCAAAAGUUACAUGUAUCAUUCAGUAUGAUUCUCCAGGCGAGGCUUCAGAAUAUGUGCAUAGGGUCGGAAGAACUGCUCGGUUGGGUGAAAAGGGAGAAGCUUUACUGUUCCUGCAACCUAUUGAAAUUGAUUAUUUGCAUGAUCUACAGCAACAUGGUGUGUCCUUGAAAGAGUAUCCUGUUGAAAAGGUUUUAGAUAGUUUUCCGCUGCAUGGCCAAAGGCAUCACAAGAACUUGGCAACAAUAGAGAUGCAUCCUUGGGUAGUAUUUUUGCAGAGGGCACUGGAAGGCUUUAUUGCAGCAGAGGCCAAGAUGAAGACACUAGCCAAGAAUGCAUUCUGCUCCUGGGUUCGUGCAUACACUGCUCAUAAAGGCGAUCUGAAGAGGAUUUUUAUGGUUAAAAAGCUCCACUUAGGGCAUGUAGCAAGAAGCUUUGGUUUAAAAGAUCAGCCUUCUUUGGUCGGUAGAUCAUUCCAAAUGCAGGCGAAGAAGAGGAAGAAGGAUCAGAGGCAAGUCAAGCCAUCUAAAAGGAGAAAAUUCUCCACGAAAGCCAAAUAAAUGAAAUUUGGAUCACUUGCUUUUCUGGGCUUAAAAAGUUAUGCUAGAAAUGUUUGCAUGUAUUAUCAAUUUUGAAAUAUUAUUCCGAUGCAGUUCUUGUUUCCCUGUAAUAGCCAGAUUAUGAUCAAGUAGGUGUUUCUUUGGUAAAA